AUGAGAGCCGUUCAAGUCCUAGGAGACACCUCAUCCCCUGAGAUCGUAACCACCGACUCCAUACCGGAGCCUAAACCUCAAGGAUCCGAGAUCCUCAUCCGAGUCCACGCCGCCGGAAUUACAGGCGACGAGGUGUUCUGGCCUGAACUCUACAACUGCCCUACACGCAUCCCAGGACACGAGAUAUCCGGCGUAAUUUCUGCCUUUGGGCCGGAGUACGAUGGGCCGCUGAUCAUAAAUCAAGAUGUGUUUGCCUUCAAGUCAGCGGGUAAAGGGGGUCAAGGGCAGGCGGAAUAUGUCAUUGGUAAUGCCAAUGAAGUCGCGCAUAAGCCAGUGUCGAUAUCGCAUGCGCAAGCUGCGGCGCUGCCGAUUCCGGUUCUAACAGCUUGGGAGGCGAUAUUUGAUCAUGGAGGUGGUAUCAAAGAGGCUGGUACGAGGAUUCUUGUCACGGGGGCAUCAGGAGCGGUUGGUCGAUUCGCUGUGCAGAUUGCUUCUUCGCAUGGUGCGUACGUUAUUGCGCUUGCUUCGAGUCGGCAUCAUGAUACACUGAAGAAGCUUGGUGCUCAUGAGGCGAUUGAUUAUAAUACGCCACGCUGGGAAAGUAGGGUCAAGGAUGUGACUUUGGUUGUUGAUACAGCCGGGGGUGAUAUAUUGACUAAGGCAUGGGAGACCAUCAGUGAGAAUGGUGGUACGAUUGUCACCGUGGCCGACCCGCCACCACCAUGGGCGUUUGAAAGAUGUCAGGCUGCCGAGUCUGCGAAGUGGCCUAACGUCAAAUACGUAUAUUUCAUCAUCUCGAGUAAUGCAGAGAGACUGAGCAAGGCGGCUGAAAUGAUUGAUGCAGGUGCUAUCACGCCACUAGAUGUCAAGUCGUUUCCUUUUCGUGAAGCCGAGGGAGCGUGGAGUUAUGCUCGCCAGAGAGGUCGGGGACACAAGGUUGUGAUAGAUUUUGUGGGAUGA